AUGACCGAAAGCAGCGUGGCGAUGAGCUACGAAGCGCUCAACUGCUACCACCUGCUCCAGACCGUGCCUCGCCGCGACGACGGCUCCGAGGUCUUCCAGCCCACGCUCCAGGAAACCGAGCUCUUCCGCCUCCUCCGCGCACUCGGCGUCGUCGACGCCAACGCCGCGUCGCCCGACGGCCAGCUCGGUCACUUCAUCAACGCGUGUCUCAACGGUGUCGACGACAAGCGGACGCGUGGCGCCGACGCCGUCGAUGCGGGCCGCAACACCGGCAAGGUCAAGCCGGCGAGCAGCGACGUCGUUUCGGACGCCGACGCGGGCCUCACCACCGUGGCGGAACUGAAGAAGGACCCGAACGUUGACGCUGACCCCAGCUCCAACGAUGCCGAGUUCAACCGCGGCAUUGACGUGGUUGCGUGCUACGGCAAGCAGGCGGCGGUCGAAGUGGACCUGCGCGCGCAAGGCUGGUGGCCGACGCACCUCAAGACGUACUUGGACGCAAGCCACGAAGGGGUGUAUGCGAUUCUGCUCCCCGAAACGAGCGACCGGCCCAAGCUCGUGCUCUUUACGUGGCUUCUCGACGCUUCGUUUUCGCCAAAGUACCUGCGCGAGCGCGCAACUUACGCGCUGCGGUUCCUUACGACGCUCACGCCGACCGUCCGCGUCUGCCUUGGAAACGACGACUGGAACGCACUGGAGCUCGCAGCAGCCGAAACGCGCGCCCAGUCGGCCCAGAAGAAGACUGCCAUCGAGUUGUGCAUCACGGAGGCCAAGGUCCAAGACGAAAGUGUCACGUGCGAGGUCGCAUCGACGCCAACCAAGGCGACGCCAGGUGCAAUGCUCGUGGCGGCGACGGGUGUCGCGGGAGUCACGAUGCGCGUCUCGCAAAUCGACGACGUUCUUCUAACGUCCGAGUCGAUCUCGAUCGCGUCACCCGCCGCCUUUGCAACGUGGCUAUUGGAGGCCGCGAAGACGCACUAUCUCCAGAUACAAGUGCUGCUCCCGCACAAGUGCAAGCGCGCGGUGCUCGAUGCGAUGAACUUGCUGCCGACGGCAAAACUCUCGAGCACGAAGGAGAGCCUCGAGGCCGAUCUGCGCGUCCAAGCCAAGGCAGAUGCAGCCGCGCAGCUUGCAGCGAUCGAGAUGAACGUCAUCGGAGCGGGGGCCAAACGCUUCUUCUUGACAGAUGGCAUGGCGGCCGCGGACGAGACGGACGCGCACAAGGCCCUGCAGAAGCAGAAAGAGGUGCUGCAGACCGCGCUCUCGCCCGUGAUCAAGCUCCUCCCCACGUUUGAUCCAGACGUUGCCGCCAUUGUCAACGCCGAGUACGCGCGCCUUCUCGUCCAAGAUCCGGGCUUUCUUGCAGCAGCAGAGGAUUUGCCAUCGUUGGUGCCCCGCUGGUGGCGCUCGGGCCCAUCCGCCAAUCUCAAGUGUCCGCUUCUCAAGAAGCACAAGCCCGAGAUGGAGUUGAUCUUGCCGCGCAUCCAAGAUAUCCUCCGCGACCGCUACGACGCGUGGUGUCAAGAAGUGGUCGCGUUCCUCCAGAGCGAGCUGGUCGUCGACAUUACGACAAACCAGUGCUUUAACGCGCUGGCCGCCAAGACAAAUUUGAAGAGCAAGUUGAGCCGUGAGAAGGAAGAAAUCAUUCACGAAGCGUUUGUCGCUGCGAUGGCGACUGCAAACGCAAGACACUCAUCAUCAACCGCGCUCUGCAUGUAUCUCGAUGACGUCAAGCACAACCACGUUCACUUUCGAAAUGAGUACCUUGCGGGCGGCGCGACGCUGCUGACGCUGACGCCGGUCAACGACGCGCCACUUGGUCGCAUCAAACUGCCGCGGGAUGCAGUCGUGGUCGACGUCUCGUAUGUGACCGACCCCCGCACCGUUGUCAUCGUCGUCUUUAUCUGUGACGACAAGACCCACGUGCAGUCGUUCCAGGCCAACGGGGCGCGGCCCAUGAUGCGCCUCAUGGCCAAGGCCUUUCCGACGCUCGUCGAGCGCUGCGACUUUGACGCGUCGCAUCGCCUCUUGGCGCUCCAGCACUCGGACACCAAGGUCGACAUCUUUACGUUCAGCGAGUCGUUCAAGGUCCUUGACCGGGCGCAUCAGUUCAACUUGCUACUCUUGGGCCCCGCUGCACCGUACUCUGCCUUUCACUUGUUUGGCGGCGACAACCACGGCCUCUUCGUCGUCGGCAGUGACGGCAGCGCCCACUCGUACUACUUGCGCACGCAACGGCAAUCCCAGCUUAUACCUGCCUUUGCGACGCCUGGGACAAAGGUCGUCAAGCUCCAGAACGGCGCCUUCAUGGUCCGCAUUGAGCCGCUGGACAACGAAAACGAUGGCGAGCACCCGCGUCGCCUUUGCCUCCACGCGCUCGAGAUUCAGAGCCAUGAGAUGCUGCCCUUGGUCGCAGAGGUCACGUUAUCUAAGGCGCUCAAUUGGCCGGCCGUUCAAGCCCACGCGUACGACGACGCCAUCGUGCUUCUCGACCAGAGCUCGGGCGAUAUGGUCAUUCUCGCGAUGACGAUUGUGACCGGCAAGGUCGGGAUCGACGUGAGCUGCGCACACACUGCGGCGCCUGUGACAGCCAGCGAAAGCCACGUGCUUGCACCGCUCUUCCACGUCUUUGAGAAGUUUCCCGUCCGGGCGUUCAUGACGCGCAGCAAUGACGACGAUGACGACGAUGACAACGAUGACGACGAUGACGACGAUGACGAUGACGCCGCAAAGAAGAAGCCGGGCAUGAACGCUGACCUCUUGCCAAUGGCACUGCAGCUGCAUGUACAAGCGUCGACGCCCAAGCGACGCAAAGCUGCCGCCAGUGUCCUCAAGGCGAUCAUGAAGAAGCUCAAAAAGCUCAACAAGCGCCUCGCGUCGCUCUCGCUGGCCAAUGACGCGGUCGUCAACGGAGACUUGGAGUGGCCCACGAUGGCGCUUGGGCGUUGGGUCCUCGAGUUGAUUGGGUUUGUGCCCGUGCCCAUCUGCCGCGCCCGCGACAACGAGCUCGAGCUCCUGCGCAACGGCAACGCGGUCACGCUGAGUCAGUGCACCGAGGUCCAUCAAAUGGUUCCGAAAAUCGUCUUCGGGCCCACAAGCUACAUUCUCAAGGCGUGGCGCGGCCCGAUUGUCGCCAUCACGUCCAUGGGGAAGCAGUCCACGGGCAAGUCGUACUUUCUCAACCACCUCACCGGCAGCUCGUUUGCGAUCUCGGGUGCCCGCUGCACGGACGGCGUCUGGCUCACGCUGCGCCCGUACGGUGAUACGCUGGUGGUCGUCCUCGACUUUGAAGGCCUCGGGUCGUUUGAGCGCAGCAUGCAAGAAGACACGCUUCUCUCGGUCCUCAACGCGGCGAUUUCGCAGCUCACAAUCUUCCGCAUCGAGAUGCGCUUCGACAAGGACAUUGACGCGAUGUUUGCCAAGUUUCAGCAAGGCGUCACGAUGCUCAAGGGCGACGAGCGACUCUUUAGCGGUCGGCUCUACAUGAACGCCAAGGACGUCAACCCCAACGACACCGAUACGCUCGUCGGCGAGUUCAAAUCCAAGUUGAAGAGCCUUCUCAAAAACGCCACGGCAGAGAACUUUCUCACCGUCAUGUACAGCGGCCGCGUGCUCGUCACGGCCUGCGCACCGCUCAACAACGUCGGCUACUACCACGGUCUAGCCCAAGCGUUGACGUGUUUGGCCGAGGCGCGGGACCGAAAGACGUUCUCCAGCGGCGCCGACUUUCACGAGUGCCUGGCCUUUGCGCUCGCCAAGAUCGCUCGACGCGAUUGGACGCCGAUGGGCGACAACAUCCAGGCGGGCAAGAUGGCGUGGCUGCGCGGGCAGCUUCGCUACGCGCUGCGCAACGGCGAGCUCGACGCGGCCAGUACAGCGACAUCGACCGACAUUUGGGCCGACGACGAUGAUGCGAUGGUGGCGCAGCGCCAAGCGAUGGGUCUGGUCGACAUGGUUGUGCCCCGGGAUGCCGAGAUCGACUUUGGUCUCGAGUUGGGUGGCCCAAGAGACACGGAGACAAACCUCUCGGUGGCCAAGGCGACUCUUCUCCACUACUUGGGGCGGUACGUGCAGCACGCCGCUGCGUCAAGUCACAACGAUGCUCACGCUGAUGCGCCACGUUUCGUCACGGUGCCACGCCGCGGCGACCACGAAACGCGCUUUGACGUGCUCUGGAAGUACGUUCUGUGGCGCCGCGAGCACCGCGUCCGCGCUUGGUUCGAGUCGCUCGGGGGUGCGCGCGACCAAAUGCUUCAAGACGACUUUAACAAAUGUAUGCAAGACACCAAGCAGCUUCUCCGCCGGUGCGAGCACACGUGCAGCAAGUGCAAGCUUGGGUGCUUUCAGUCGUUCUUGCAUGACAACAGCGUCGUGCCCCACGACUGCGGCGGAAGCCACCGCUGCGAAGGACGCUGCGCUCACUGUGACGACGACGAGCCAUGUGGCGAUGUGGCUGGCCACGCUGGUGCGUGCAACUGCCGUCAGAAGAGCCACACGUGCCCGCAAGCAUGCCAUCUCGCUGGCGCCCGCAACUGCGACGACAUCUGCCACCUCGACGUCGACCACGUGGGACCGCACGUCUGCGGCGUCGCGCAGCACCUCUGCCCCAAGGCAUGCGAGGCAGAGAGCUGCCGCAACGAGUGCAGCCACCUCCUUGGUCUCACCCACGAUACGCACGCGUGUGGUUCGCGUCGGUGCCAGCAGCGCUGCAGCUACGACGGCUGCACUGGCACAUGCGCCUCGGACGACCACUUUCACGCCGUCGACGCACUGCACUCGUGCGGCGGCGACCACACGUGUCAAGCCAAGUGCACGGCUGGCGGUAUUUGUGAGAAAAAGGUCAAGCAAGAGACGCUCUCGACCGAACUUGUGCACCAAGCGAUGGACGGGCUCCGAAAGAAGUGCAGUGUUCCGUUCAGAGAGGGCUGCAUUGACCACGAGGGCAAGGACCAUCUUUGCGACGCCAAAGUGCACACGUGCGACGUGCGCUGUCCGUGCUGCAACUACUACUGCACCAAAGUGUACGGACACAAGGGUAUGCAUGCGGCGACGCACGGGGGCAUGGUCAACACGACUUUUGUCAUGCACGACGACCAGGAGGCAAAGCUCGAUGGUGACUGCAAGUAUGUGGCUGGCGACGCCGGCAGUGCCGAGAUGUGUCCGUUUUUCUGCACCAAGCUCGGUCGGGGCCACGUCCAUUACGUUCUAUGUACCCACUCGUCGGCCGACGCCUGCACGUACGCUGCCAAGGACGGCCGCCGACACAGUACGAUGAAGCUUGCGUCCAACCCGACGCAGCCCAUGGACGAAGUGCUCCACGACACGUACUGGAAGACACUGGGAUGGGAAGACCCUGUCGCGAAGUGCGAUGCACACGAGGCGUUUGGUCUGUGCCCGUUCGAGUGCGAGGCGCCCGAACACAAGGAAGACGGCGGCACCAAGUCGCACUGCGUCCUCGGCGCGUGGCACGAGCCAGUGGUCGACACCAAGACUUUGUCGUCAGGUCAGUUCCUCGUGCAAGGCCAUGCCUUCACAUGCCGACACAUUGCCGCAAAGGGUCUCCAGCACCACGUCUUCGUCCUGGACACGUCCUGGUCCAUGGAAGGAGAGCCGUGGAAUGCACUCACGGCGGCCUUCCAUGCGUACAUCGAGAAGAUCCUGUCGACGCGGAGCCGAAACUGCGACGACAUUGUCUCGGUCGUCACAUUCGGUAGUUCUGGCUGCAUCGUGCACGAAGCCCAGCCACUGCUCAAGAUGGCCAACAUUUCGCUGCCGUUCUCUGGAGGCUUGACCAACUACGACGAUGGCCUGCGUUGCGCCAACGCGGUGCUUUCGCGCAACAAGCACAAGACGUACGCGCCCGUCAUUCUCUUCCUCUCCGACGGUGAGCCGACUUGCAGUGGGAAAGGUGUCAAGUUUGCGCAGAGUAUCGCCAAGACGUACAGCAUCUACAAUCUCCAGAGCUCGUGCGUCGGCUUUGGCGACAGUAGUUUUGCGCAUUUGAAGAACCUCGCGACGCACCUAGGCGGCAAGUUUCUCAAAGCGGCAACGGGCGCCGAAUUGCUCACGACGUUCGAGGAGAUCUCAGUCCCUGACAGCAUUGCCGUUGGGCUUUUGGCCGAGACGGCGCCACCUACCAAGGCGGCGUAGACAACAAGCGGAAUAACGUGUUUGCAUCUUUAAUAUGACUCGAGUCUGUC